AUGUCCCCAGCCGUGUCCCCAGCCGUGUCCCCAGCCGUGUCCCCGGCCGUGUCCCAGCACUGGCUGGCGGCGGGCAGGGCCUCGCCCAGGCUGGUGCUGGUGGUGGUGUUCGUGGCGCUGCUGCUGGACAACAUCCUGCUCACCGUAGUGGUACCCAUCGUCCCCACCUUCCUCUACACGACGGAGUACGAAGCUGCCAACGGCUCCGCGAGCCCAGCCCUGCCCGAACCGACUCCGGCAGCCCCGAGGGCUCCUCCUUUCUCCUCGCUGCUCUCCUACUUUGACAACACCACCGUGCCCGUUCGGGGCUUCACCGGCGCCGCGGAGCCGCUGAACGGGACGGGGAGCAGCCCCCCGGGACACCCCCCGAGCAGCCCCCCGGGACACCCCCCGAGCAGCCCCCCAGGACACACCCCCAGGGCACCCCCAGCCCCAGCCAGGAGCUGCCUGCAGGGUGGGGAGUUCCUGGCCCAGGAGAACACCCGAGUGGGGCUGCUCUUCGCCUCCAAGGCUCUGGUCCAGCUGCUGGUGAACCCCUGGGUGGGUCUGCUGACCAACAGGAUCGGCUACCACAUCCCCAUGUUCCUGGGCUUCACCAUCAUGUUCCUCUCCACAGUCAUGUUUGCUUUCUCAGGCACCUACACCCUGCUGUUCAUCGCCAGAGCCCUCCAGGGCGUCGGCUCCUCCUUCUCCUCGGUGGCAGGCCUGGGGCUGCUGGCCAGCGUGUACCCCGACGACUCGGAGAGGGGCAGCGCCAUGGGGAUCGCGCUGGGGGGCCUGGCCUUGGGAGUGCUGAAAAUCCGAGCAGAGCAGAGCCGGGUCCAGCUGGACACGGGCUCCCCGCGGAGGGCACAGCUUCCAAAAAAAGCCGCAGAUGGCUGCGGGCGGAGAAGGAGCCCCGGGGGCAUCGCUCACCCUUCCCAAGGUCGGCGGAAAGUUUUUACAGCCUGA